AUGGAAGGAAAAAUACAUUUAGGAUUGGACCAUGAAUUGUACGGUGAAGGGUACAGAGACCCAUUUAUACAGGAUGAGAACAAAUUGUCCAUAACGGAGAUCAUACCUCGAAUACUCCAAGAAAGGCAUUUUUUGACCAUCACAGAGGAGUCCUUGUUGAAAGAGAUUGAAGAGGAAGAAGAGGGAGAACGGGAAGAGGGCCGUGACGGCGACGACGAUCUUACUGAUAGCGAAGGCAAUGGAGAAGCUCUGAGAGUAGCGGGGAGUGAAGAUGACAAAAUUGAAAACGAAGGAUUGAAAGGCGACGAAGAAUUGAAAACUGGCAGCAGUAUCAAUACGUAUGAAAACUUUCAAGUCCAGAAACAAGAAUUGAGUAAAUAUAUCAGUACAGCCUUGAAUGAGACGUCGUUGUCGUUAGACUUCGUUUCGUUGUUGAUUUCGUCUGUCAAGCCUAACAUUGGAAAGACUACCAUGUCCCCUCACUUGACCAAGACUGUUCCUCUCGGGUCAUUGAACUCUGACAAGCUCGAGGUGGCCGACCCACAUAGAUCUGAAGAGACAUCCUCAAUCGGUCAAGGCUUGAAGUUGGAGUCAUUGGAGAAGAUCACAAGCUCGUUCAGAAACUCCAGUCUCAGGCUCAAUGAACAGGUGCUCAAGGAGCACACAUACUGGGAAAACAUCCACUCGGUAUUGCAAAGCGGAGAAGUGCUAUACAAGACCAGAGACCCAACUACAGGAUUCAGAUCAAUUGGAGUAAAGUAUGGAUUUGGCGACUCUGGCUCGAGCUACCAUGACCCGGGGUUAGCUGUCUUGAAAAGGGAUUCAAGAGAUGGGAUGGUGUCUUUGUUGCCGGUGAUAUCCAGCGGCACCGGUGGUAUUAAGGUGGCAGAUAAGGUUUACAAAUACAUCAGGGUUAAAAUCUUAAGUAAGAUAGAUGAUGACUACAUGCUCACUGGCCAGUCCAUAUUCAAUUCCUCAAACAUAAUUCAGAGCGGGGGCAGUUUCGGCGACAUCUCCAUCUUGAAUGAUAUAGAAAAGAUUCGGUUCUUUCUCUUUGAGGAAGACUUAUUCAGUCAAUUGACCCGUGAGGCUAAGACAUUAAUAAACUACAACGUUUCCAUAAUAUCCAACAAGAUCAUUAUUGAGGUUAAUGACAAUAUCAUUGAGAUUGAAUCGGUCAUCUAUGAUGAAAACAAUGAGGACGAGUUGAAUAACUUGUAUCAGAAUAUAAACAAGGAAUCUUCGAUGAACAACGGCAAAGCACAACAAAUCUUGAUCUUCUUGAAGCUCAUGCUAUGCUGCUUCUAUAAAUACAAUUUGAAUUUACGCCAAGGGGUGCCUACCGCAAGAAACAAAUGGAAGCUAGCAAACUCACACCCACUUAUCUUGAGACCUCUAUUGGGAUAUCUCAGACAUGAAAUAAACUUCAAGAAUAUCUUAUACAUAGUAGAGAACAUCACCCUGGCAUAUAAAUCUGAAGGUGUUGAAGAUGCUGCGGUGAAGAUUCUGUCCAAGCAGUACCUGACAUUGCAACCUAUAAGCGAAACCAAGAAAGUUCAAGAUAUAUUUGAAAAGUCGACCAAGUCACCUACAUCCGAGAUCACAAUCUUAUUACGAAACAAUAGUAAAAAGAAUGUAUUGAAGAUUGAUUUGACUUUGAGUGCCAGUGAAACAUUCUGCAAUCUCAUGGUGAACAUUUCCAUAAUGAAAUACGAAAAUGAAAAGCUUGAGGACGGUGUCAAGUUGCUUGAACUGAAUGUCAGUGAAAUCUACGACGUUGAAGAGUGCUUACAAUGGGUGAUUUCCAACUUCAUGAAAGAUGCAACAAGCUAG